CAUAUUUGGAAAUUAGGUCCCUUUACCUUAUUCCCGCGCCUGUGGCUGUGGUAUAUUAUCUUCUGUUACGACCUAACCCUAAGCCCUUCGUCAUCCCGUCCGGUCGCUGCGAAGAAAGCAGAGAAGGAUCCCCAAGUCAUCAACUCCUCUUUCACCCCUUGCUGAGCCGCAGAGCCGUCAUUAUCGCUUUUCACUUUCUCGUGUGAUAUCAAAAUUAGCUUCAUAUCCCUGCUGAGGAAUUUCAUUACUCAGACUGCUCCGUUUUCGAGUGUUUCACGGUGGGUCGGACGUUGGAAAUCUUGGAUUUUCAUUUUGCUCUGUCAGCUCCCUCGUUUUCUGGAAUAGGGUGCGGUAUUUAGUUGGUUUAAGGUGAAAUACAUUUUCCAAUAACAACAUUCCUCAACUUUUUGGUUCCUCCAAUUAUUUAUUUAUUUGUUUCAUUCCACUUUCUUGUACCUUGGAAAUCAUAAUUUUGUAUUUGACUGUUAUCUUCGCACCUGGGCUGUAAGAGCCAGCACUAGAAGGAAUCAACAACUUAGUACCAUGCCAACGUUUGAGUUUUAUUUUCUUAAUUAUGCCUUUGUGCACCCCGUGUACCGAAUUGGCCCAAAGAAUUUCUUCAAUUAUGUCCUAUUAGUUGGGAUUCAUGGACUAAAGAUCGUGACUCAGAGACCCACCUUCUUGAAUUUUGUUUCCAUUUUCUUAAUCGAUAGAGCAUUGUUGUAUUUCUGUAUCAAUUUUUUUUUGUAGUUUUUCCACUGACGACCUUGGAUAAGCUGGACCAAGAAUAUUAGCUACUUAUAAUAUAACACCAAUGUUUUGUAUGACAAUGUCCUUAAAUAUGUUGAUAUGAAUAGAAGAAAACAUUUUCUCUGUUCCUCUUUGGAAUCGAAUGCAACAUAAUUGAGGAUUUCACCGAUCAUCUAAAGUUAAUCAACAGAGGACAUCCUACAUAUUUUUUCAGGACUGUUUUCUCAAUGCUAUUAAGAGAGCUGAGUAAGGUAAAAUUAAUCAUGUAUGUCACUUACCUCAUCUCAUGACACAGAUGCUUUCUUUAUGAUAGAUGACAAGCGCUUCGACAAAUAUGAGCAUUGCAAUCAUACAUAGGGAUAUAGAGAGGGAAUGGGAGGAUCAUUGUGGAGUUAUGGGUAUUAUUUUUAUAAAUGGAGCUACUUGCUCACUCUCAGAAGAGCUAUGCACUGCUAAAUUUCUGGAGAGGAUGAGGAGAUACAAAAUUUAUUUCAAUAUUAUUAUACCUUUGGAGCAUCUGGGAGCAAAUGAGCAAUGGAAUUGUGGAGCACGGCUCACAUCGAGGAUUGCUCUCUUGGUUUGCUUCAUUGUUUAUUGUUCUGCCUUAUUUGGAGAGUAAAAUUGAUGAUGCCAAUGGCAGUUGGUUAUGGUGGAAGAUGGUGUUUCUUUCCUUUUGAUGAUUCGUUGAACAGAUUGAUCAUGUUAUGACAUAUGUGUGCAGGAAUAAUAUUCAAACUUCCUCGGAGUAAUUUGUUGCCUUGAAGAUGAGUAGUCGUUUUUCUCGCACAAUAUAUGUUGGAAACUUGCCCUCAGACAUAAAAGAGUAUGAAAUUGAAGAUUUGUUCUACAAGUAUGGCCGAAUUUUGGAUAUUGAAUUGAAGAUUCCACCACGCCCUCCAUGUUAUUGUUUUGUGGAGUUUGAGAGUGUUAGGGAUGCAGAAGAUGCAAUCAGAGCUCGUGAUGGAUAUAAUUUUGAUGGUUGUCGUCUAAGGGUUGAGCUUGCACAUGGUGGUAGGGGCCCUUCAUCUAGUGAUCGUCGUAGUAGUUAUGGUGGUGGUGGUGGUGGGUGGUGGUGGUGGUGGUGGUGGAGGAGGAGGAGGAGGAGGAGGAGGAGGAGGAGGAGGAGGAGGAGGAGGAGGGGAGGGGGAGGGAGGGGGGGAGGACGUUUUGGUGUUUCAAAACGAUCAGAAUAUCGAGUUAUUGUACGUGGUCUUCCGUCUUCUGCUUCUUGGCAGGAUUUGAAGGAUCAUAUGCGCAAGGCGGGGGAUGUGUGUUUUGCUGAAGUUUCACGUGAUAGCGAAGGGACGUUUGGGAUCGUUGAUUAUACUAACUACGACGACAUGAAAUAUGCUAUACGAAAACUUGAUGAUACUGAAUUCAGAAAUCCUUGGGCGAGAGCAUACAUUCGGGUGAAGAAGUACGAUGGAAGUCCCACUAGGAGCAGGAGCAGGAGCAGGAGUAGAAGCCGUAGCCGUAGCCGUAGCCGUAGCCGUAGCCGUAGCCGAAGCCGAAGCCGAAGCCGGACUGCUAGACGAAAUAGGAGCAAAUCAGCAGAACGACGAUCUGUUUCUAGAUCAGUUUCAAGAUCAAGAUCUCCAUCUCCUAUUAAAUCUUCAAGGCCACGGUCAAAAUCAAGAUCUGGAUCACCACGUCAGGCACGAGAAGGAAGCGAGUGAUGCAAAGCUAUGAUUAUAUGUAUGGUUGUUAUAAUAUUCAGGAUGUGACAUUGCCUUGGGAUUCGUUUUAGUUUAGGACCUAUGCAGUGCAGACUCCAUAUGAGGGGUUGAGUUGGAAAGUGGCAUGAGUUGUAUGGAUAUUCUUUUGAAUCCUUCCUACAUCACUUUGUUAGGAGACAUUUUUAGGUAUCUGCAUUCUCAAGAUACUUGCACACUGGUUUCCCUGCUGAUAACUAUUCAGAUUUUGUUUGAAAGUUGAAAAUGAAAUUGUUAGUAAAUGGGAUUUUAGACGUUGUAAUUAUUAAUUUUAGACGUUGGAUAUUCUUCUC